AUGGCUUCAAAUAUGACAUAUUGUUUUGGGAGUUUAUUUGAUGAAAUAAAUAAUUUCGAAUGCUUAAUUAGUCGUAUAAUAGGAUCGAUUAUACUAUUCGUAUCAAUUAUUUCACUAGUAUUCAAUAUUCGUUUCAUUUAUUGGUCAUUAUAUCAUCGACAUCUUCGAUUUCGUCAUUAUUCGUUAGUAUUAUCAAUGGUUUUAUCAUCCACAUCAGUAAUUAUUGUGAUAAUGCCAUCAGCAUUUAUUCAAUGUUUAUCUUGUCAUCGAUUGUGUUCAUCAUUUUACUGCCAAUUGGAAGGUUUUAUUUCAUAUUUAAAUGGUUGUGUUCAUAUGUUUACAUUAAUGAUGAUAUCAAUUAUCCGUUAUAUUACAGUUUUUCAAGUGAAUAUAGAAAACCGAUUUAUAGGUCAACAUUCAUAUUGGACUGUUAUAGUUUGUUGGCUACUUAGUCUUAUUUUUGCAUUACCACCAUUAUUCAGUUGGAAUAAAUAUAUACCAGAAGGAAUUGGUUUUCAUUGUGGAUUAAACUGGUUUGAUCGAUCACUUAGUUCACGUAUUUAUAUUAUAUUAGCUUUUGCAUUUAUUUAUUUUAUACCAUUAUUUUUAUUGUUAAUUAUUAAUUUAUAUGUUUACUGUAAAAUUCGAUCUUUACUUUAUGGUACAACAGAAGUAUCAAAAUCUAAUCUUUUAUUAAAUGUAUCUUAUCAAAAAUAUCAAUCAACUUCGUGUAGUUCAUCAUCAAAGAGUAGUUCAACAGCUAAAUGCGAAAAACUUGAUUUUCAUAUAGGAACGAAUCCAAUGAAUGAAUCUUCUCGAUUAGCUGUUCAUCAAACACGUACCUUUCGCGUGAAUUAUCUGAUGCGAUUAAAUCGUUUACAAGCUGAUCAACGCUUUGCUUUAGCAACAAUAUUUUUAGUUAGUGAGUAUUUACUUAGUUGGACACCAUAUGCUGUUAUGGCUUUAUUUUAUUUAUUUAAUUUAAAGUAUAUCAGUCAACAAUCAGUUUUAAUGACAAUAUAUGCAUUUAUUGCCAAAAUUUCAAUAAUUUUAAAUCCAUUUAUUUAUCUAGCAACAGUAAAAACUAAUGUAUUUAAAUCGAUAUUGUGGUGUAGUAAAUGUUCGUGUUGUUAUUAUCGAAUUAAAAGAAAUAGCUCAGUUGUAUAA